CAGCUUCCUAACAAAGAGGCGGGACUUCCGGCGGCGGUUCGCAAGAUUGGCGGAGAAACUUGGUGCUCUCCUAGCUGAAGGUAGAGCUUUCCGAGCCGGUGCUGUUUACAAUGUCUUCGGAUGUUAAUGAGGAAGAAGGAGAAAACACGAGGGAAUCACACAUUUCCAACAGCAGCACAAUAUCCCAGGCUGUUGAAUGGGACCCAGAGAAACGAGAUGACGACGGUUCGGAUGGCUUUCCCGAAAAUGGAGAGGAUGAAGAUACGAUAACUGAUCUGACAGAUCAGGAGUUUGUUAUAAACCGUCAGACAUCGGAUAUUGGCCUGCAGACCGAGUGCAGCACAGCAGAGGUUGCUAUAAACACAAUUGAUGGAUAUGAGGAGCAUAUGAACCAUGUGAUGGCAGAGCGGGCAGUAUUACGAGAACGCUGUCAAGAAAUUCUUGACAAGCAGAUCCAAGCUGAAAAGCAACAGCAGCUGAGAAUGCGUGGCCUACAGCAACAGAAAGAAGAAUGUAUGAAGCGGUACCAGGAAACACUUGGACAAAUCCAGGAAGUGACCACAAAGCUGGAAGAAAACCGUAGAAGAACGGAGAAGGAAAGACGAGAGGCUGGAACACGUGAGCAGGAGAUGAAGAGAGAAUACAACAGGCUAGAGGAGACCGGGCGUAGGCUUCGGCAGGAAGAGGAGCAAGAGAAGAAUAAAGUGGUGGUGUUAAUAGCAGAACAAGCAGAAGAGAGGGAAUCCUGGCAGAUAGAGUUGGCGGAACUGCGUCAGAAGCAGGCAGAAUUGAAUAUGACUACACAGGAAGAGAUUGCAAGAGCGAUGGCUGCUGAGGUUUCAACUCUGGAGUGUCAAAGGGAAUUGGCAAUGACCCGUAUAGAGGAGUGGCUCAGGGCAGCAGAACAGUACCUCAGUGGUUUGCGGUUGGCACCAACUUCAGUUGAGCUCUUGCAGUUAAAGCAUGAGUGGGACACACAGAUUGGGCGUGUUCGAAUGGAAGUGACCAGCAUGCAAAACCUUUUCAACAGUCAGAUACAGCUGGUGAGGAAUGGUAACAAGCUAGACAGCCUACCCAGCAUUAUUGAGCCUGUGCUUUGGCCAGUGCCAAGGCCUCCUUCCCCUGUUGCCCCUAAACAGACAUUCCAGAAUACUGCACCCCAGCAAGCCAGCAGCAAGCUUGAGAUCCUACUGGAGAAACUAAGUAGCCGCUUUCCUGGCCAUACCAGGGACCAGUUGACAGCACUACUUCACCAGAUCAAAAAGGACCGUGGUACAUUGGCAGGGCUCUCUGUGGAAGAGCUGACACAUCAAGUGGCUCAGAGGGUGGCAGAAAGUGACCAGCAGAAUCGGGGACCCACCACCUUUCCACCAUCAUAUUUCUCCACUGCAGCUUUCCGUUCUCAGCCACCCCGGGUGCCAGCUGGUGCCAGCAGGAAGCUAUGUCUGAUGUGUCAGAAUGCAGUGCAGCCUGGUGAUCUGCACCCUUUGAGUUGUUCUCAUAUUGUUCACAAAGAGUGUAUUAAAGUGUGGGUGCAAUCCAGCAGAAACAGUGGCUGCCCCUUUUGUCCCAGCAAGGCAUAGAUCUGCUGAGGAAACAGGACUGCAGCAACAUAUCCUUCCUCGAGCAGGACUGGAGGAAAUGGAUCUGCCAUCAAAAGAAAUUUUGUCAGACUCACGAGCAGGACUGUCAUUGGGAUUUUAUUAUUUCUUUAAAUAAUAAGGUCAAAACAGACACAGUAAAAAUGCCUUCCCUGCA